GGGCGGUGGCCGUGGCUCCCGGGCGAGGUGGGGAGUGCUGCCCGCCCGCCCCGCUAUUGGAGCGGGCAGGGGCAGCCGGCGGAGAGAGCAGGGAGGUAUCAGGAGUUAAAAUGACAUAGAAAAGUGUUCAAAGUAUGGACUGUGAAAUUAACUCCUUCCACUUGAUACUGAAAGAAGGUAAACUGAAACUCCAAAAGUGAUAACCUGCUCAUUGGCAAGUUACAGGAAAAGCAAGGCAACUAAAUAAGCACUGUGGUAUGAGGAUUUAGUCAGAUAAACUGUCCAAAAGAGCUAUUUACCUGGAGGCUGUUGUGUUAAAUUAUUGAGUUCUGCACUGUGUGACCCUCACUAAUACCCCAACACUUCUGCAUAUGAAAUGCUUCAAAAGAAGGAACUGCUGUGGCUUAUUUGUGACUGAAGUGAAUUACAUUGGAUAUAAAAGAGUAAUGCAGGGUGCAGAGGGCAAGGCAGCUUGAGCACUCUUACCACACCAAUGGAAAAAACUUCUGGUUUGCAGCAAAAUAUGGCAUCAAGAUUUUUGCUCAUUGGUCAUCUCAUUGUACUGAUACCUCUCUUCAGUGCUGAAGGGUGUGUUAUUUGUGAUUACUUUGUGCUUGUUGGAGAGCCUAUAGCUAUUACUUGCCCAAUAAUUACAUUACCAGUGCUUCACUCUGAUUACAAUUUGACAUGGUACAAAAAUGGGAGUGCUACAGCAGUGACCACAGAGAGAAAUGCCAGGAUCCACCAGCGAGCGGGCUUGCUUUGGUUUAUUCCUGCUGUGCUGGAAGAUUCUGGACUUUAUGAAUGCAAUGUAAGGAGCCUUAACCACUCUAACAAAAAAACGAUAAACUUAACAGUUUUUAAGAACGAUAAUGGAUUGUGUUUUAAUGGAAAAAUGAAGUUUGAACAAAAAGUGACGAGCACGAAUAUUGGAAAGAUUAUAUGCCCUGAUCUAGAACAAUUUAAAAAUGAAGAGAAUAAUCAGCCUGAAGUACAUUGGUAUAAGGAGUGUAAACCUGGAUUUCUUGAAGACAAGCGACUUCUUUUGGCAGAGGGUGAAAAUGCUGUCUUGAUUCAUAAUGUAACUGUGCAAGACAGAGGAAACUACACAUGCCAGAUGGUGUACACAUAUAUGGGAAAACAAUUUAAUGUUUCAAGAACCAUAGGUCUGGAGGUUAAAGAAAAACCACUGCAGAUGCAACCAGAGUUUAUUUAUCCAAGGAACAAUACAGUUGCAGUAGAACUUGGCUCUCAUGUAGUUAUGGAGUGUAACGUAUCAAGUGGCAUAAAUGGCUUGAUUCCAUUCUGGCAAGUUAAUGAUGAGGAUGUCGAUAUCUUUGAUGAAACCUACAGGGAACAGUUUUAUGAAGAGGGCUUGCCUCAUGGACUUGCUGUAUCUGGAACAAAAUUUAACAUUUCAAAAGUGACAGUAAAGGACUAUGCUCAUAAGUUCUUCUGCCACUUCAUAUAUGGUUCUCAACAAUUUACAGCCUACAUCAAAUUAGAAUACCCAGCUCGAAACAUUCAGGGGUACUUAAUUGGAGGAGGAGUUUCCUUGGUAUUUUUAGUGUUUUUUACUCUGUUUAUCUACAAGAUCUUCAAAAUUGAUAUUGUGCUUUGGUAUCGGGACUCCUGCCAUCCUUUCCUGGGGAAAAAAGUUUCAGAUGAGAAGAUCUAUGAUGCUUAUGUUCUGUAUCCAAAGAACAGAGCAAGCUGCUUGUAUUCAUCAGAUAUUUUUGCCCUGAAGAUACUGCCAGAGGUCUUAGAAAGGCAGUGUGGAUAUAAGCUCUUCAUACUUGGGAGAGAUGAUUUACCAGGAGAAGCUGUGAUCAGCGUUGCUGAUGAAAAGAUCCGUCAAAGUAGGAGAGUGAUAAUUGUUUUAGUACCAGAGCCCUCCUGUUACAACAUUCUGGAAAAUGAGUCUGAAAAGCAGCUAGCCAUGCAUAGUGCUCUUAUCCAAGAUGGCAUUAAAGUAAUUCUCAUUGAACUUGAAAAAAUACAAGAUUAUGCAACCAUGCCAGAAUCCAUCAGAUAUAUUAAGCAAAAGCAUGGAGUUAUCCGAUGGAAAGGGGACUUUUCAGAAAGGUCCCACUCAGCAAGAACCAGGUUUUGGAAGAAAGUGCGCUACCAGAUGCCAUCCAGAAAAAGUGGCUCUUUAUCACAAUUGCAUUUGUUAACAAAAGACUUGAAUGUUCCUUAAAUAACAAAUGAGGAAUGACACUUAAUGACUGAUGCAGUUCACACAGUUGGUGAUGGAUUCACUGAAGGUCUCAUGUAUCUGUUUUGUGCAAUCUCAUCCAGAUUUACUGGAGUGAAGGUACUACAGUUUCAUCUACAGAUGUGAAUUUCUUAUUUUUUUUUACUUCUGGCUGGAUCAACAGAACACCGUGAAAUAUCAUCAGUAGCACAUGUAGGAAGUACACAAUUACUUUUACAAGAAUGAUUUUGUGAAAUUCCCUUGUAUUAAAAAAUGAAAGGACAAAAAAUUGUCAAAAACUUGAAGCCAAUGAAGAAAAUUUGAUUUUUUUCCCUGCAAUUAAAGUUUCAAUAUGAAGGGAAUUACACUAAUUAUUGUUGUGAUAUUACAUCAGGUGCAUGGCUGGUGCCAGUAAAUGUUUGUUUCUUUUUUUUUUUUUUUUUUUUAAUGAAAUGACACAAACAUUUUCUUUGUUACAAGUUUAUUUGCCUUGUUCAGUUUGCGGAAAGAUAAAUCCCCAUGUUACUGCAUCAGUGUGUUAUCAUCCAGGAGAAUUCACAUCCAGGAGAAAAGCUCCUUUAUCUUCAAACAAGCAACUUGCUUUUGUGUCAAACUCCAUCACUUUCCAAGCUCUGAUUGAAGGCUGUUGCUAAUACAGUGUUGGGCAGAAAUUUUCCCUCUGGUAUCUCCACUUGUUUGUCUGAAAAAAAUUUUGUUCUGCAACCUUCAGAAUUCAUCUAUUCAUUUACACACUGCAGUGUUGGCUUUUCUUCUUUCAUGGCUCAAGCAAUUUUCUUAUGCCUCCAUACUCAACCAAACAAAACUGCUCUGGCUGAUAAGUGACAAAACCAGUGGAACUCAGUCAUGCAGGCCAGCCAACAGAGUUCCAGCGACCUCAAUCCUUCUAAUUACUUCUGCUGACUGGAGCCUAUUGAAAGGAGAACUGCUACUUGUUAUUCCCAACUCUAGGAAUGGAAGGUUAUUUUACUGAGCCAAAAUAGUGGUUUUUAAAAAAUACUUGUUCCUCUUGAUAUAUUUAUAAAAAUAAUGCUAAAGUUUUCAUGUGUGUUAUGUAAAGGCACUUUGAGGAAGAGUUCAUUUUAAAAUUUAAUAAAGACACUACAUAUUUUUUUCAUACACA